AAGCGGCGCUGGGAGGACCGGAAGCGGCGCCGGAGCGCCGGGUGAGGGUCGAGACCGAGCGGAGCCCGCAGACCCCUCGGAGACCCCCCGGGAGCCCCGAAAACCCCCCGGAACCCCCCGAGUCCCAGCCCCGCGCCGCCGCAAUGUUCCUCACGCGCUCCGAGUAUGACCGGGGUGUGAACACCUUCUCUCCCGAGGGGAGGCUCUUCCAGGUGGAAUAUGCCAUCGAGGCCAUAAAGUUGGGCUCCACGGCCAUCGGGAUCCAGACGUCGGAGGGAGUGUGCCUGGCCGUGGAGAAGAGGAUCACCUCCCCCCUCAUGGAGCCCAGCAGCAUCGAGAAGAUCGUGGAGAUCGACUCCCACAUCGGCUGUGCCAUGAGUGGGUUGAUCGCCGAUGCCAAGACCUUGAUUGACAAGGCCCGAGUGGAGACUCAGAACCACUGGUUCACCUACAACGAGACGAUGACGGUGGAGAGCGUCACCCAGGCCGUGUCCAACCUGGCCCUGCAGUUUGGGGAGGAAGACGCCGAUCCCGGAGCCAUGUCCCGCCCCUUCGGUGUCGCGCUGCUCUUCGGAGGAGUGGAUGAGAAGGGCCCCCAGCUGUUCCACAUGGAUCCCUCAGGAACGUUCGUGCAGUGCGACGCCAGAGCCAUCGGCUCGGCCUCCGAGGGUGCCCAGAGCUCCCUGCAGGAGGUUUAUCACAAGUCCAUGACGCUGAAGGAAGCCAUCAAAUCCUCCCUGGUGAUCCUGAAACAGGUCAUGGAGGAGAAACUCAACGCCACCAACAUCGAGGUGAGUCCUGGAGACGGGAAUGCGCCUGGAGCCGGGAAGGGAGCAGCCCAGGGCUUCCUGGAGCCGGGAAUGAGCAGCCCAGGGCUUCCUGGAGCCGGGAAUGAGCAGCCCAGGGCUUCCUGGAUCUGGGAAUAAGCAGCCCAGGGCUUC